UUUUCUCGACGAAAAAGGAGUCAAGUUUUUAGACCCUGGAGACAAAGGUUGAUGGCCUGUGGAUUGUGUAAGGUUCAAUAAUUCACGGGUCGACAAAAGCGCACGCAGGUCUUUUGCGUCUGCUGUGCGCCCAAUUGGUGAUUUUUAAGGUUAAGCGUCCUAUUGCGGAUUAGUGUUUUGCUCCGAAAUAUAUUUCUCGACUGUACCGUAUACUUAUACUUGGUGAAUAGCCAAGGUUAAACAAUUAUGGCACUGCACAGUGGACCGCCCAAGAGAAAAGAAAUCUACAAGUACGAAGCUCCAUGGCCUCUUUACAGCAUGAACUGGUCUGUCAGACCUGACAAGAGGUUCAGGCUUGCUCUUGGCAGCUUCGUCGAGGAAUACAACAACAAGGUUCAGAUUGUUCUGCUAGAUGAGGAUAAUGCUGUGUUUGUGGCCAAGAGUACAUUUGAUCAUCCCUAUCCUACUACCAAAAUUAUGUGGAUUCCGGACAGUAAAGGUUUGUACCCUGAUCUUUUAGCCACUUCUGGUGACUAUUUGAGAGUGUGGAGAGCUGGGGAACCAGAGACAAGGAUGGAGUGUGUACUGAACAAUAAUAAAAAUUCAGACUUCUGUGCACCUCUAACCUCGUUCGAUUGGAAUGAGGUUGAUCCCAAUUUGAUUGGGACAUCAAGCAUCGAUACAACAUGCACAAUUUGGGGCCUUGAAACUGGCCAAGUUCUUGGUCGAGUCAACAUGGUCACUGGUCAUGUUAAGACACAGCUAAUUGCUCAUGAUAAAGAAGUGUACGACAUAGCGUUCAGUCGAGCGGGUGGUGGCCGAGACAUGUUUGCUUCUGUUGGAGCAGAUGGGUCUGUUAGAAUGUUCGACUUGCGACAUCUCGAACACUCUACGAUCAUAUACGAGGAUCCUCAGCACACGCCUCUCCUAAGACUCGCAUGGAACAAGCAAGAUCCUAAUUACUUGGCCACCGUAGCUAUGGAUGCUUGCGAAGUCAUCAUUUUGGAUGUCAGAGUUCCCUGCACACCUGUUGCCAGAUUAAACAAUCACAGAGCAAGUGUAAAUGGUAUUGCCUGGGCACCACACUCCUCGUGCCACAUUUGUACUGCUGGCGACGACCAUCAGGCACUAAUUUGGGAUAUACAACAGAUGCCAAGGGCCAUUGAAGAUCCGAUUCUUGCUUACACAGCCGCGGAAGGUGAGGUCAAUCAGAUUCAGUGGGGUGCUACGCAACCUGAUUGGAUUGCAAUUUGUUACAACAAAGCUGCCGAAAUUCUUCGAGUAUGAAGCUGUGGUUUUUGGGACUCUCUGGCAAGGACUAUUUUUACUCUUUUUGAGCACUGGCUCAAUAAAUUCAUGGACUGUGAUUCGUGGUACUGACUGAGUAAUAAAUGGUGAAGAGCCUCUUUUUUUUAGAAUUACUGACCAAAAGAAACGAUAUCGCGUAAGUGCAAGAUAUUUUUAAUCCGUAUGCAAAUGAUUCAUCUGCGAAAACUAGUAUUAUUUAUUUAAAUUCUUACGUAUAUUAUUCUUUUAAUUUAAUCCUGCGAUUUUUUGAUAUUCUGUGGUAUUUAAGAGAUAAAAGAUAAAAUAAAAUUAUUCAAGAAUGAAGCGACCGGAUCUGCAUACACACGUUCGAUCCGUUUGUUUUUCUGAAUUAGACAUAAUUUUUUCAUAAACUACCACAUCAUAACUUUGUUGUUAUCUCCUCAUCAACUAUGGUUUAAAAAUAAGUUAUCCUGACAUUAUUUAUUGUUAGAUCUAGUAAAACAAUUUAGCACCUUAUCUCUACGUCGUGUUACGAAAGUCAUAUUGAAAUCCAUGUCUCCAAUUUAAAACAUGUUAUAAUACGACAUUCUACUCAAUCGGUAAUAAAUAGAAAAAUCGAUCACUUGAAAAUCACAAAAAAAUCUAAAUGUUAUUGGACUGAAAUUUUAUAAAAGUUUUAUAUUUACAACUUUGAAAAUUUUACAGAGAUUUUCUAACUAGAAGACUUGAAAGUUGAUUUUUAUAACAGCCAUGUGUACCUUACAUAGACUUUUCUAAUUUUUUUUUUUUUUUU